UCGCCCUAGCCCGCCGGCCCGGACUAGCUGUCCAGGGGCCUGCCACCUGGCUCGGCCCCACAUGAGGGUGUGAGCGGCCCCUUCUCCGCCUCCGGGGCGAGGCCCCAGACCACUCCACGGGCGGCGGAGAGAGAAGCUCUGCCCCUCUGGAAACAGAGCGACCGCCUGAGGCUCGAAAGAAAAGACCACCAGUAUUCUCUUUUAGUGGUGGAGCAUCUUGAUCCUGCUUGAAGAACAUGAGUGUUCCGAAGGAGCAUCUAGUGAUCUGGUCCAAGGCUGGGGAAGGACUUCUCCAACUGCCUGCAUCUGGUCGAGGAAGAAACCAAAAAAGAUGAGGGUAGGAGAAAGUGCCAGCAGCAGCUGUUUACUCUGUGUCAGUCUCUCCCAAGGGAACCCUGAGGCCAGGCCUUUGAUGGAGGCUGGGAAAUUGGGGGCAGGGGCUAUGGCUGAGGCAAGCCUGGAGAAGGAUCAGAGCAGCCCCUCCCAGAUUCAGGAACAGCCCCAGAGUCCUAAGACUGCUUCCAGGGAGAUUAGCAAGAUCUGCUUUCCCACCUACAUUCACAAAGAGAAAAAAAGUCUACAAAUCAAGGAAUAUAUUUGGUGCACAGAAGACUGGGUCAUCCCUGAGACUACCAGGGGAAAGGCCCUCAAGAGUCCCAGUGGAGGCACUGACAGAGAGCUCUCCGACUCAGACUCCUUGGUUUCCAGGGCCCUCUUAGUUCUGCCUCCCCUGAAAGCUUCACCACAAAACGGCUUGGAUGUUAUGGGUAAGGAGAGUAAGAACUUUCUCUUGCAGUCAGAAGAGAAGGUACUUUGUGUGGAAAAGGAUGAGCGUAUGGCUUGUGCAUAUGGAUUGAAAAUGGUUGAUGGAAAAAGUGAAAAGAGACCCACUGAGCUGGCCAAGCACCUUAAGGUCAACAACAUGCUGCCCUUCCCUUCCCCAGCAGCCCGGACAUCCGUGCUGGCCAACCCUGAGCGGUGCUGCCUGCACUGGUCCCUCCUGCCUGAGAAAAAUCUGGUGUGCCCUCCCAACCCCAUCAGCAUUCGCUAUCUUGCCACCCUGCAGCUUUUGCAGAAACAGGGAGUGCAAAACUACAAAGCCAAAUUCAAAGUCAAGGAGCCAAGACCUCCCCUGAACACCCAAAAGCACGUUCUCACAGAGGCCAAGCAGGAAAACAGGCCCCAAACACUGGAGACCAAAGUGUUCCCAAGACCUCUCUUGCCGUCCCUCACAGUGAGCAGAGUUGCUAUUCACGUCUCCACUCACAGACUCCUCUGAGUUGUACAGUAGAAUUCCCUGGCAAUAAGCACUGCUCAGAAUUCAUUCAUCCAUUCUCUUUCUCCUACUACACUCUCCCCAUUUUUUUCUCCUCUCCUUCCCCUCAUUCUCUCUUUUUCCUUCUCUUUUCUUCUCUGCACUUCUCCCUCCCUCCCACCCCUCUUUUUUUUUUCUUCUGUCUCUCAUCCUUUUUUGUAUUAGAACCAGAGGAAGUGGAACCUUAUUGGAUGGGUUUUGAUUUAUUAUCUAAAACACUAUCUUCAUCUAUUACUUGCUUCUGCUGCUUAGCCAUUUACAAAAUGCAAACAGGUAAUGUCCUGGCCUCUGCCUUCCUUACCUCUUCACUCUCAGUGGAAGCUUUGUGGAAGGUGGGGAAUCCAAAGGGCCUCCCUCCAUCCAUGCUGCCCCUAUGCCAGCCCGGAGCCACCCGGCAGGGGCUCUUUCUGCCCUACAUCUGUGCCUUAAGCUAAGCACACUUGGCUGAAUUAGACCAAAUUGCUUUCUGAUCUUUUGAACCAGGCAGAUAUCUGUCUACUAUCUCAUUUUUCUCUUGCAACAAAGACCUGAAGGAUUGCUUUAGUAGAAAACUCAAGCCUGUGUCUAACUGAAUAUCCUUUUGUCCACAGUGUCAUAUAUCCUGUGUGUCUAAGGUAUCCUACCCUUGUAUGGAUAUACACUGUCCAUCAUCUCCUGUGUGUCCAGGCUGUCAUAUCCUCAUACUGUGCUCAUGAGUGUUCAUUAUCUGCUGUAUGCUGUCUCUCCAGGGUGUCAUAUCCUCAAAUUGCAGCCUCAUGCUAAUCUCUGUGGCUGGAAGUUUUAGCCAUAGCUCUACGAAAUCCAGCUUGGGAAGCAGGUUAAGAAUAAUUAGUUAUUUGGGAAAAAAAAGUCAUUGUGAGUAUCGUCACUCCACACUUCCUUCGCCUUACCUUGAAUCUUAUAUUUGGUCCCUUAACCCCAGACACCUAAGGAAUGGGGCUGUUACUUUUUCCCUGCUGUCCUCCCUCUGCCCUCAUUUUACACCAAGGCAUAUUUCCUGAAGUUGUAUAUAUAUUAAGUGUUUGUAAAUGAGUUAUAUUUUAAAUGCCGAGUGAUGUUUGCUCUGUAGACAAUGUUUUGACAAACCAUUUUGUAAUAUAAAUAACCAUUAAGCUGCAUUGUAAUUACAUACUUUGAAUUUGCUUAACGUAGAUUGUACUCGGACUCUGGACUUUCCAUCCUAAAUGCUAUAGUGGACAGAGUGUGUUUAUAAACAUCUCUUUCUGUAAUUUGUGAUAUCUAUUAGCCUAGGCUUUUUGUUUUGUUUUGUUGGUUUGUUUUUAGAAAAUAUCAGA